CCGGUGGCGCGCAGGUUUGUGGGAGAUUUGGUGAAGCGUCGGCGAGUCGUUCAACUUCCACGAGCUAGACCCGGAGUUUAAGUACCUGUUUUCCCAACAGCUACAGAUAUGGCAGAAAAUCAACAACCAUCGCAGUUGGAGAAGAAGGUGGCAGACCAAAUCGAGUAUUAUUUUGGCGACCACAAUCUUGUGCGUGACAAGUUCCUGAAGGAACAACUUCAACUAGAUGAUGGAUGGGUUACACUGGAGACUAUGCUCAAAUUUAACAGAUUGAAGACUUUAACGACAGAGGAAGCUGUCAUUGUGGCAGCUCUGAAGAAAUCCAAAACGGGUCUCUUGGAGAUCAGUGAAGAUAAAACUAAAAUUCGCCGCAACCCUGAUAAGCCCCUCCCUGAAAUGAAUGACGAGUAUAAAGACGUACUCAAGCACAAGUCCGUCUAUGUGAAAGGUUUUCCUCUCGACGCUACUCUAGACGAUGUGAAGGAUUGGGUAGGCGACAAAGCCCACAUUGAAAACAUCCAGUUGAGGAAAGGAGCCUUGAAGACUUUCAAAGGCUCCAUCUUCAUGGUUCUGGCCUCUGAAGACGCCGCUAAACAGUUUGUUGCCCGCGACGACGUCAAGAAGUUCAAAGACAGCGACUUGAUUGUCUUGAUGAAAGAGGACUACUACGCCAAGAAAGCAGAGGAGAGGAAACACACACGGGCUAUGGAGAAGUCUAAAGCCAGAAGUGAGAAGGAAGAGAAACAGAAACAAGCAGAAGAGGAAGAAAUGAAAUCGUUGGAGGAGCAGAAGGGCUGCCUGCUGCGCUUCACUGGCGUCGGGGACCAGACCUCUCGAGAAGACUUCCACGAGGUGUUCGCAGGACACGCCGACAUCAAGUGGAUCGACUUCACCCGAGGAGCCAAGGAGGGUACCAUCCUGUUCCGGUCGAAGGCCGCGGAGGCGCUGGAGAAGGCCAAGGCAGCCAAGGGCGCCGCCCUGGAGGUGAAGGGGAAGGAGGUGCAGUGGGAGGUGCUGGAGGGAGACGCGGAGAUGGACACGCUCAAGAAGAUCAUCGAGGACCAGCAGGAGUCACACAACAAACGCAGAGGCAGAGGGGGCCACAGGGGAGGUGGCAGGGGACGAGGCCGUGGGGGCCGUAGCCGGGACAGGGGAGGCAGAGACCACCACCAUCCCCAGGGAAAGAAGACCAAGUUCGACAGCGACGACGAAGCAGAUCACACCAGUCCUAAGAAGAGGGCUCUGGAGUCCAAUGGCAAGGGUGCUGCGGAGCCUGCAGCUAAGCAGGUCAAGACUGAGAACGGCUCGUAAACCACAAACGCUCUCCCUGAGUCCCUGCUCCUUUUUUUUUACUGUACAGUAGACACUUAACCUAAAUCGUGUAAAAUGGAGAGGUGCACCCUCUCACUAUUCCAGGAAGGGCUGUCGGCACUCUCUUAAUCCCAGUCCCUUCGCUGAAAAAGGACAAAAUAGUCCGCUGCGUUCAACAUAACUUUUCAUGUUAAUUGUGGAAACCCAUAAGGACUUCAUUGCAGGUCAUCAAAUGGUAUUUUGAUUAGCCGGUGUGCUUCUGUUGACGGGAUACAUACCACCAUUGCGGUUUUGUUGUUUCAAUGGAAAUAGCCUUUAUAUGUCUGAGAUGUAUUUAUGUUUUUACCCUUUUUUUAUGAAAUGAGGCCUAUUGAGAAAUUCGUGCAUGGAAAGGGUGUUCAAUGACUGAAAUGGUCUGACACCUCUCCUACCCUCAAACAUACAUCUUUUUGUUUGAAUCCUGGGUCUGUUCUUUUAAAUGCUAACAAGGACUUGAGCAAGUUAUCUUGGAAUUCAACAGGUGUUUGUGGCAGGGGUUUAGCUGAAGGAAAGUGACUAGUUUGCUUAUCAUGGAGAGAGUGCAAGCUAAGCUGUAUCGAAUCUGGCUGUUGUCAAUCGUCAGUCUGUUGUCAAUGGAGACUGCUCGCCUUGUUGCCACCAAGACUACUUUUAGAUUCACACUGACAAUGUAUACGUUUUCUUACUGUGGUGCUUGCGUCUCCCUUACAUGGAUGAGGCAUCAUUCCCAUUUUCUAAGUUCUCUGCCAUUAUCAGGAUGUUAGAGCCAGGUCAAUCUGUCUUUCUAUGAUUAUUAUUUUGGUGUUUUUUGCUUUGUUGAAGUCUUUGUGGCAUAUGGGCAUGCCAGACUGCUGUAGAGGGACGUCUUUAAAAAAGCGACCUCUCAGUCCAGAAGUUGCUUCCCUAAGUUCCCUCUCUCCUCCACUGCCUGUUGAAAUCUCUCCCUACAACCACACCAUUAUCUAUGGUUAGCUAAGCUACAGACAGACGCCAAGCAAGUGCCAUUUCCCGUUCUUUUUCUUUUGUAUUGUUUUUUUUUUUUUUUUUUCCCCAAAGAUUAUUCCCAUACAAGGCACUCAUUUUUUUGUUUGUCUUAUAGAUGUCCGUUGUUUUUAUUAUCCAAGUUUUCCCUUGAGUGAUUGUGUUUAGUUUAAUUGCUACAUCAUAUAUCUAUACAUCUUGUUUUGAAUUUCAAUAAAAGCAGUGUACACCUA